AUGGACUCCCAUGACUACUGGCAGAAUGCUGGACAUAACCAGAACAUGAGUCAGUGCCCUCAGUCAGUACCCACGUGGCCACAUCAUCAGACGUAUCAGAGCUAUCAGUACGAUUAUGUCAAGCCAGGACAACAAAAUCAGAUGGAGCAGCAGCAGAAUUCGAAUCAAUGGACAUAUCCACAGAGUUCACAGAACGACGACUUUAAAAAAGCAUGUGACCAACUACUGGAUCCGGAUAUGGAUAUUGGUGAUGGACAGCAAGAGUAUCCAGAAGGUGUAUUACUGUCAGUUCCAACUGGAGAACAAUGGAAUCAGCAGAGCCCAAUCAUUGGUAACAACAAUAAUAAUAACAAUGAGGACCAGGUCAAUCCACAACAAUCAAAUCAUGGACCAUGGGCACCGAUGGGACCUGUUGACCCCAUGCAAGCGCAGGUCAAUUCGGAGAUUGAUAAGUUUUGCAUUCGAGAGAGAAACAAGGGAUACUCUGCCAAGUGUUUAGGCCGCAAGAAAGAUGAAUGCAAAUCCAAUGUGUCCAAAGCGGAAAAUCUCUCGAAUGAUGCCAGAAUAUUUGCAACUGAAAAUGAGCAGAAAGAGAGAAUUCUGGAAUACUCUGUCGAUCACGUCUUGAUUCCAUUCCUGGGUGAUAACAACUGUAACUUCGACUUGACUUCCUAUAGAAACAUCGAGGCGGAGAAAGAGUUUAUUCAAGAGACCAUCAGUCAAAAGAAGGCAGACGAUAAGGGAUUCCAGGAAAAAGUACAGAAGACCAGAGCUGCCAAAGAAAAGUUGACAGUACAUGAGAAUGAGAAUGCCAACCGACAUACGAUCCCGGUUUGGAUUGUGAAAAAUGGUGAGAGAAAGCGUGCUUCAGAGAAAACACUCGCUACACGUGUUCAUCGUGCAAAAACAGCAUUUGAGAGUUGUGAGAGUGACUACAAAGCGGCGGCAUAUCAAUAUAAACUCCAACGUGAAGCUCUGAUUUCUGAUCUCUUGGACCGUCACUGGAACUAUUUCGCCCCUUACAUCGAGUAUAUCCUCACGAAUUCCCCUCAAGAAGUAUGGCAACAAGCAGAAAGUAAUGGUACUGUGGAGACGCUGAACUACGUGUAUUCUUUGAUUUUUAAACCCGGAUAA